CUGAGAUAUUGGAAAACUGCUAUCAUGUCACUCCUUGUCCUUCUCUUCAUUAAACAAGAUAUACCCAAUUCCAGCAACCGUUUCUUAUAUGUUUUAGCCUCCAGUCCCCUAAUCAUCUUUGUUAAGAAACAUUUCUCUAUAUUAAGAAGAAUUGGAUGGUGGAACCAAUUACCAAAAGUGGAUUUAUGGUAUGGAGAUUCCAGUGGCUAACUUCUCUUUCUUCUCUUUGUUUAAUUUAUUGAACUGUGGGACUUAUCUUUUUGCUUUUUCUUAAACUUGUUACAUAGAUUUCUGAUCUUGACAUUGUUUAAAGAAGAAAGUCUAGAUUUAAUUAUGCUUCAUAAAAGAGAAAAAAAAGGAAGUCUUAUCCUUUAGGGUAAAUGAGGUCAUUCUAAAAUCCCUCCCCCAUAGAAGAAUUAUGUUGAUGGAUGACAUCUCAAGACAAGACAUUAUGUUGAUGGAUGAUAUCUCAAAACAUCUAAGAUUCUUGAUAUUCAGCUGGAAAAGUCCGCUAUGACUUCUGAUACACCAUAGGCUGAGAGUGGAACUUCUAAGGAACAGUCUUUUCUGUUUAGGACAAAAUUGCCAUUCAUGUGUAACCUUAUGUAGUUUGAUCUUGGUAAAUUAUAUUCUGAGAUAGAAUCAAAUCAUGAAAAAAUAUGCUUAGAGUUUGGCUAUAGUUGGGGGGAGGGGAUAGCAAUUAUCCAUAAACAUAUCUGUACGUUGCAUGACAAUGUACUGUCUGAAAUGGUAUAGGGUUUCCUGCCUGAGCAGGGGGUUGGAUUAGAUGACCUCCAAGGUCCCUUCCAACUUUAUUAUUAAAUACUUGGAUAGUAACAUUAAAUCUCUAUGUGAUGAAAUGAAAACUAUGCUAUUUGCUAAGACACAUCAAGAGUUGGAUAAUCUAAAAACAAUCAUUGGGUGUUCACAUGAACGAAGAUUGAGGGCAACUGGAUCCACAAUUGAAAUACAUGCAAAGAACAUAGAUCUACAUAAUACAUUGUUUAUUAAAAUAAAAUGAUGGCCUGACUUUCAAUCUGCAAAUUGAUAAUACCUAUUAAUCAGUGUUUCCCAAAUUGUGAGGAGGUGUAUCUCCCUUCAGGAGGUGCAGGCAAAAUCCAUGAGAAGUGUAAGUGAAGAAACUUUUCAUUACAUUUAAUUUUCAUUACAUUGUUACAAUAAAUCCAUCUUUCCCAAAAGUUCAUUGUAUCAUUUUCAUUGUUCACUUAUGUUCAUUUUUGUACUUGUAUUUUUAGGGAAAGUGUGUACAUUAAGGUUAAAGGAAGGUAUGAUGAGAAACCUUUAGAACCCAUUAUAGAUUACCUUCUAGAUCAGAGUUUCUCAACCUCAGCAAAUUUAAUAUAUGUGGACAUCUCCCAGAAUUGUCUGGGAAUUCAAGUCCAUACAUCUUAAAGUUGCUGAGAUAAACACUCAAUCCUUCUAAAAAAAUCAAAACUGGGAAAAUGCUACACUUCUAGAACUUCUCAUUGCUCUGAGAAAUUGAUCCUUAAGAGUUGUUACUGUUUGUUACAUUUCAGAAGAUGAUCAUAUAAGAAAAAGUUAAGCAGAAGAAAAAUGCUCAAAAUCUGGAUAUUUACUAUAAGAACUUACCUAAAUAAAGGAUGGCUAUAAGUUUGGGUAGGUCUACCAUAGUUGCAAAUAUUUAGAUGACUACUAGAUAGCAGUAAAGAGAUAAAAAAAAUUCUUAUCAUCUGUUGUCCGUUUGUAUAUUUACAUUCCAUGUAUGGUAAGUUUAGGCUGGAGAAAAUAGUCAUUGAUGAAAUGUCUUCAAGCCAACAAGUUGAAAAGUUUUUCUUAUCCUGCCAUCUUCUUUUCCUUUUACAAAAUGAUUUUCUGUUUUAAAAUUUGAAUCUGUUAAUUGUAUGAGAAGUUACAUUGCUUGCCCUGCCUAUUUCUCUCAUUUUGUCUUAUUUCAUUGUCAUGGAAACAGCAGGAUAGACAUCACACCAAGGCCAUUUCCUCAUAAAUGAUUUAUCACAUUGUAUAGUAUUCCUCAGUCACUAUUAUAGUAAUUAUUUAUCUUCACGGUUUAAAGACACUAUAAGAUGUGAUAAAUCGCUCAUGAGGAAAUGGUCCAAGUCCCCGGUUUGCUUGCUUCCUGGCUUCCUACAUACAUAGCCAUUCUUUUUUCUCUAUUUUGAAAAGGCAACCCAUAAUUUGUGAUUUGUUUUACAAAAAAGAUUUGGAAACCAUAAUUAGACAGUGAUUUCCAAUCUGAUUUCCUUAUUAAGUUUUGUAACCCAAUUCUUUGAUGAUAAAUAAGAACAGUCCUCAUAAAAUAAAGAGUGAUGGACAAUAGAGUGAUUGGUUUCAUUUCUGUUGAUUAGUUUGAGUGUCUCCUGAGUUGGUUAAGUAAGAGGUGAACAGGAAAAAAUAUUUUUUCUGCAUUGGUAUAUUUCUUAGAGUAAAUUCUUUUGAUGUGAUUUGAUGUGAUUGAAAUGUUUUUCUGCCUCUUUUCAAUUGCUUCUAAUAUAUUCAGAACAAGGUGUAUUUUUAUGGUUUUUGAACAUUGUUAGUCAUGAAAAUUUCUCACAAUAUUUCAGAAUAAAAAGACUAUCACAUAACUUUAUAUUAUUUUCCUACUUUUAAGGAUCUUUUUUCACAGUGAUUUACCCUCUGUAUAGACCCUUCCAACCUGUUUCCCUGUUUCAGAACUGAAGAAAUAUCAGUGGCUCUAAAUAGGAGAACUGUGCAAUCUCUGAAAAUGAUUUGAAAGAAAUGCUUUGGACAUUAUGUAAACACAGUUCCUAUCUAUUAUUUGCUAUAUUGGCUCAGGGCUGUAGGCAAUGCUCACAAAUGACAUGAAGCAAUUAUUCCAAAUCAUUUUAAAAGUGUGAACAGUCCCACUUAAGCCUAUUCUAUCUCGUUGCAAUAUGAGGAAUACAUAAAUACACAACAAAAACACUGCAGCAAACAGGAUUUAUUACUAACUGGAAUGCCUCAACAGAACAACACUUCUGAUAUGUCAUUCACUGAACCUCUGAAUCUAUGAAACAUUUGCAUUUAACUGAUGUUUUCUCUGUAGUUUCUUUACUUAGGUUCCCCUAAUGCAGAGGUGUCAAACUGCCAGCCCGCGGGCCAGACGCAUCACAAUGAAACCGCACCCACCCCAUUGCCAGCAAUGGGGAAAAAGCUCCGAUACGUAGCAUGACAUCACGUGACAUCGCAAGUUUGACAUGUCUGCCCUAAUGGAAAGAAUACAACUUUUAAACAAAAAAAACCCAGUCUUCUUCAUCACUUUUGCAAGUUGCAGUAUGGCAACCAUAAGUGAAUUUUGCCUGUUCGUGAACAAGAAUAGUUUUCUUGAAUCCCAGUCUAAGUUUAUGUUCUGGGUUACAAUUUGGAUAAUAUGAUCAGAUUCAGAUUUAAGAAACAAACAAUUAAUUAGAAAAUAGAUUCAAAGUAAUGUCAAUCAGAAGUAGAAUUUGUCUUAGCAUAAUAACAGAGACUAUAAAUUCAAGCAAAAGAGGACACAAUAAAAUAAAGAAUAAAAACAAUACAACAAAAUAUAGUAUUGCUAUUAGUUCUAACUUGGCAAUAUCUGGUUAACCUGGUCCUUGACUGAAUAUGGAAACUAAGUACACUUGGGUCUGUUUAGUACUUAGAAAGAGUUCCUGAAGAAAAUCCCAGCUUUUUAAAAUGAAGCAAUGCAUCACUUUUAUAUUAUAGCCCCUCGAAAAUCAUAUAUGGAUGUAUCCAUGAAAACACCAGAAGACAAGCUGUGCUCAAAGAAAUAUUUACUUUUACUCAGAACUAUUCAGUUAAGUAUAAUACUUACAUGUAAUUGUUCCUAAUUAUUUCCCAUCUGAACACACUUUUAAAAAAGAAUUUAUAUUAAAAGUAGAAUUGUUUUAACUAAUUAAAAUAGUUGGUGGUUAGUUAUUUAAUAUUUCUCUUUCAUGUCAUAGGAAAGAGGUAAUAAUACAUCUCCUAGCAACAGGAAGACAAAAAAGUUCAACAUCUAGCAGAAAGAAGCAGUAACUGGGACAACAAGGAAAGUCAUGAAAAAAUAAAGAGCUUCUGAACAGUCGGACCCCAACGCCGCUGCCGCUGAACCUCCACCGCAGCAUGCUCAAAGUCACCAUGCCCUCCUCCUCGUCUUCGUCGCCUCCUUCUGCCUCCGUGACCCCCAGCACCACCGGUACGCUCGCCUCUGCCCCUACCUCGGGCCGGGUCGGAGGUGCUGCCACCGGCGCCGCUGCCGGCUCCGCUAGCCCGGAUUUUUGGAUCGACGGCUCCAAUAGGGACACCCUCACGGAUUAUUACGAUCUGGAGUCAGAGCUGGGACGGGGUGCUACAUCUAUUGUCUACAGGUGCAGGCAGAAAGGAACUCAAAAACCUUUUGCUGUCAAAAUCUUAAAGAAAACUGAGUUGCCUGCUGAAGAGCUCUGUGCAACUCUAAAGAAGUUAUUUGAAGAAAAGGUAGAUAAGAAGAUUGUCCGAACAGAAAUAGGUGUUCUUCUUCGACUUUCACAUCCAAAUAUUAUAAAAUUGAAGGAGAUAUAUGAAACCCCCACAGAAAUCAGCCUUGUCUUAGAACUGGUAACAGGAGGAGAGCUGUUUGACAGAAUUGUGGAAAAGGGAUAUUACAGCGAGCGAGAUGCUGCUGAUGCAGUGAAACAAAUUCUGGAGGCAGUUGCUUAUUUACAUGCCAAUGGAAUUGUUCACCGGGAUUUGAAACCAGAAAAUCUAUUGUAUGCAACUCCAGCUCCAGAUGCACCUUUAAAAAUAGCUGAUUUUGGACUUUCCAAGAUAGUUGCAGAUCAUGUUACCAUGAAAACAGUCUGUGGAACUCCAGGAUAUUGUGCACCAGAAAUUCUACGAGGGUGUGCUUAUGGCUCAGAAGUGGACAUGUGGUCCAUAGGAAUAAUCACCUAUAUCCUUUUUUUCUCAUUUGCAUGUAGACUUUGUGGCUUUGAACCAUUCUAUGAUGAAAGAGGAGAUCAGUAUAUGUUCAAGAGGAUUUUGAACUGUGAAUAUGAUUUUGUUUCUCCCUGGUGGGAUGAUGUAUCUCUGAAUGCCAAGGAUUUGGUUAGGAAGCUAAUUGUGCUUGACCCCAAAAAACGCCUUACUACUUUCCAAGCUUUACAGCAUCCUUGGGUCACAGGAAAGGCAGCCAAUUUUAUUCAUAUGGAUACAGCUCAAAAGAAACUCCAAGAAUUCAAUGCUCGACGUAAACUGAAGGCUGCAGUGAAAGCUGUUGUUGCAUCAACUCGUCUUGGAAGUGCAAGCUACCACAACACCCACGAGAGCAAUAAGCUCAGCGAAAACCAGCUUGUAAGCUCAGAAGAUGAUACAGAAGAAAAAGAGACAGCAAUAAGCCACAUAACUCAGGUCAUUCAGGAACAAGGAUCUGAAGGGGGAGACCCGUAAAUCUUGCAACGUUUUCUUUUAGCAAAGACCUCCCAUUUCAUGCACCAGCCAAAUUAUCAUUCAACAAGAAUAAAUUAUGGAUGACUUUGCUUUCAGGUGUAAAGUCCAACUGUAGCUGGUGAUCUGAACUUUAAUGCAUGUGAUUGCUUCUGAAAAACAGUAAAGUCUUUUAUUGGCAUGCCGUGGAUAAAGUGAUGUUUACAGUAAUGCCAAGAGGGGAAGUGGGAGAAUAGGAAGUACGCGCACAUCUUAUGAGCAACAUGAAUAAGUAAUGUAGAAUGUUUAUAAGAUAAUAUAUAAAAUGCAAGAUGGUUACUUACACAAAAAAGGCAUUCUCUAGCAUCAUGACAUUUUUCCAAUAUACUUCCUUUCAAAUGUGUAAUUAUCGAGUAGUCUCAUAGGCACAAGGAUCCACUAAGUGUUUUUUUAAAACCUAUGAAAGAGUUUUAUUUAUCAAUGAUACCUUAAAAUUAUUUAUGAUUGAAAACUUAGAGAUUUAUAUGCAAAAACAUUCUGUUCAUUCCUUUGAAAAAUUGAGAGGUGAUUGGGAUGACUAAAAGAUGCUGAUGUUAAAGAUGCCUUACCUCUGUUGAUAACCAUUUCUAUAUAGUCUUAAUUUAUAUUAUUAUAGUCAUUUGGCAUUUCAGAAUUAAAUAUUCCCUUGGCAGAACCAAAUAUCUGUAAGAGUUGCAGACAACCCAAGAAGGUGAAGAAAAAAUGCUGCAGAAAACUUAGAAUUAGUCAUACUAUGAAAUUAUGCCCUUGUUAUAGAAAAUUGAGAAUAUUGAUCUGAAACUAUAGAAUUAUACUGCAAGAAGGAUAUAUGGUAUCCAGGAGAGUACCUAACAUAACUGUAGAAUAUCAACUGUAGGUGAUAACAGGAACUUUCUGUAAUCGGAGAAUGGGUGGGCCGUGCACCUUGUCAGUAUACAAUCUUUACCAAAUAUAGUUUAUGUGAGUUGAAGUAUCAGCAGAAUGGCUUUUUAACAACAAACUUUUGUUUUAAUUCUAAUUCUAACAUCUGAAUUCCUUUAUGUAUACAAAAAAUUUACAAAGAGGCAAUAUUUACCCUAACAGCCCAGCUCUAUAUAGUUCUACUCAGAAAUAAGCCUUAAAAGUUUGAUAGUAUAUAUUCUGUGAUAACUGAAUAUAUUUAGAAUUUCAACCUCCCAGAAAUUAAUUAAGUGUAUAAUUAGUCUCAUUUGCUUUUUAGUAUACUCACAAUAAUAGAAUAUUUUCAAUAAUUUUUUCUUGCCUUAAUUAUGCUUUCAGCAGCAUUGUCCAUCAGUGGCACUAUAAUUAUUAUUAAUCCAAGAGCAUGUUCAGAAGCAAAGGGAAUUCAUUAUUUUAAUGUUUUAUUAUAUUAAAAUGAAGGGUAAAUGAACAUUACUUGUGUGAGGCUAAGUAUGAUAGAAUCAUGGUUUAGUACAAAAUAGUGCAUAAGCUUGUUUCUGCAGCAAAUAUUAUAUAUGCUUUUCUAAAAUAUAUGUUAUUCUGAAUGCAUGAAUAAGAACAUGAGAAAUAUUUGUUUUACACAAGGAAUAAUUGGAGCAAGCACAAGAAAUCAUUGCAAGAUUUUAUUAUUGUGGCUUUAUACCUGUAUUGGCAACUACAUUUCUUGCCUGGAGUAAAUAAUUUAGACAGCAAACUAAUAACAACUAUAAUAAAUCUCCAGCAAUAUCUAAAGCACUUUUUAUAUAUGAAGUACAUACACAUACACACAAAAACACACACCCUUUGGGUGAAACUGCAUUCUCUAAGCUUAAAUAAUCGUCUCUUUCACAUAUGCUGAAUGAUAUAUAUACAAAUUCCCUAGGCCUGUGGAAAUCUGUGUACAUAUUCAAACCAUCAGACCAUAGCUUAUAGGUAUGGUUAAAUACAUGCCCCAUUGAAAUGAAUCAAGAAUUACUUUUGCAGUUUUCACCCUGACUUGCAUUGAUGGUUUAGAUAGCAUGAAUCUAAGGUUAUUCCCUUUCACAAAUUUGCUUUUACUGAUUUUGCUAUAUGAAUGUAUUUAUGUGUUUUAGUCCUAGCAAUUGUGGAAACACAGGGUAUAAAUCGUGAUUUGUUUGUUUUUAUAAGAUUAUGCUGCACAUUUUCCACUGAGGUUCUUCUAUAAAAUUAGUAUUUUAUAAAAUCUACAAUACAGGUAGACCUCAUUUAGCAAUUGUUCAUAGUCACAACAGUGGGGAAAAAGUAAGUUUAUGACCAGUUCUUGCAUUUACAAUCUUCAUAUAUCUAUAAAGCAGAGGAAAACUGAAGUAAGAUUAUAUGCUCAAUCUCAGUUUCAUUUAGCACCUACUUUGCUUAACUACUGAGUUGCCAGUUCCAAUGGUGGUCACUAAAUAAUUACAUUACAUCUAAGUUAGAUGCUACUGAAACAAGUUCAACUUCAGUUCACUUUUUAGUAAAAGCUCAGUAGUCUCCUUGAGUCCAUCUAAUCAACUUCUUGUUACCUUAUUUUCUUCAUCCUGAUCAAAUACCAUAUUUUUUCUAUCCCUUUUCCCUCUUGUAUCACAUGCUGAAAACAUAGUAUGUGAAUUUUUGUUUGCUGUUCAUUGUCUUAAGGGAACAAUCAGCCUUUAUUUGGACAGGAAUGGUCGAUGUUUUAGUAACAUUCCCCAAAUUUUAAACUCAAAGGACUAUACCUCAGUUUUUCCAUGUGUUCAAUCUUCAGAGUUAUACAAUGCCACCGAAAAGAAAAAAGUUAAAAUAGUAUUUUAACUAUUCUGUUUAAUUUUUCAUUUCUUCCUAUAAUUUCUUUCUUCCUAGGAAUAAUCCUCCUUUUUAUUUUUCCAGCACAUUGUCCAUUUUUAUUUAGAGCAGUGUUUCUUAAACUAUUUUCCCCCUCAAAGUACCCCUUCCCACUUUUAAAAGAUUAUGGAGGAGCCAAAAGAGUUUUUGUUUGUAUGGAUUAUGUUUAUCAUUAUUUAUUCUAUUAAAAAUUAAAGUUGAACUUUUGAUACCACUAUCACUUCUCAAUCUUGCUUGAUGGGAUUUUAAUAUUGGAUUAUUUUUCAACAUAGCCUGAUAAAUAUUUUGCAAACCUGAGAGGAUCUUGAGGUAUAGUAGGGGUCCUAGGAUCACCCUUUAAGAAACACUGAUCUAGAGUAAUAUUUACUUCAAGAAAACAAAACUAUCAAGCCUUCACUUCUUCAUUGUCAUACAGGUAGAUGUUAUUUUGGUUGUCUUAAUAUUUAAUAUUAAUUUGUAUUUUUAAUUUUCCAUUUUAACAUGCACAAUAAUUAUAAUUCUUUAUCUUUGGCUGAUAAAGUGGUGUUGUAAGAAUUUCUCAAAACAUUAGUAUUUUAAUUUCCAGUGCUUAUUCCAAUCUUAAAACCCUGGAAUCUGCAAUUCUUAAAACACAUUGGUUGUAUAAAUUAAAUGCAAGGGAGAAUAUAUAUCCUUUUGUCGCUCAUUUUCCUAUUCCAAAUCACUCUGUUUCACCAAAUGUAAUUCUUAAAGAAGCUUCUUGAUCAUACUUACAAUUUCUCAGAAAAGUAAUCAGGUAUUCUGGCACACCAUUAGCCUUAACACCUUCUACAUUCUGCAUGAUUUACAUAGUGAAAGGCUUUCCUCAGUAAUGAAGCAAGGAUAAAUUUCUUCUGUUUUUUACUCUUCAUUAUCCAGUUUAUAUAAAAGCUGUUUGUUCUCCUGUCCCCCUGUCUUUCCACAAAUCUGAUUUAAUCAUUUGGCAUUCUGUCUCCCUGUAACAGCUUUAUUCUUUAGCUCAGUGGUUCUCAACCUGUGGGUUGGGACCCCAUUUGGGGUCGAACGACCAUUUCACGGGGGUCGCCAAACAAUGCAGUCCGCCAUUUUUUUCCCCCUUUUCCUUAG